AUGCCUACGAAACACAUCAAAUGCAACAAUUCACCUUUAGUCAGUACACAUACAUGCACAAUUGAUUCAAGCAACUCUCGUCAAAUUCCAUGUUGUGAUCAACAUUUGAAAAUACUGUCUAUUAAAGUAAGUUUCUCUUUUAAGAAUAAAUUGAGUCAGUCUACAAUAGAAUAA